GUGGUAGGUGGCUGCGGCAAGGAGGGCUGCUGGCUUGGACAGUGUCUCCCUGAGUCACGUCCUCUCUGGGACCUCCGAAUGCAGCCUUAUUUGGCGAACUGGGUCACCGCAGCUGUGGUAAGUCAGGAAAAGGUCGCGCCAGAGGAGGGCUGGCCCUUCACCCAGCAUGACUGCUGUGUCCCCGUGAGACGAGGGACAGAGGCCAGACAGAAGACGCGGAGAAGCCCCGCCGUGAUGGGGGCGGAGGGGACUGACACCGCUGCCAGCCAGCAACGCCGAGGCACCCGGGAGCCCCAGCAGCUGAAAGGGGCUGACGCCUCGCUGCCUCCAGGACUGUCGUUUCUCGUCACCCGGCCUGAGCCACCCCGGGAAGCGAAGACAGAGGCGUGGACUGAGGUGCUUUGCUGUGACAUGUGUAACAAAGCAGACUCUGCCCAGGAGCAGAUGUGUUUGUGGCCACUUGCCGUGUCCUUGCAGGGAAUGCCAAAGACUGUACUGUUGUCACCACAGCAUCUGAAGGACACGGAUUACAAAGCAGUACCUAAGAUAACUUAUAAGCCACUUUGGGAGCUGCCAUGCUCUGGCGCGGACCCCACGGGUGGGUGCUGCUGUCACGCUCCGCACGGCGCCCUGACCCACGUGUGCCUGCCCGAGUCACGUCGAGCAGUGGCCUGCAGCUGAGGGUCCGGCUGAGCGGAGGUGGCGCUGGAUGCGCCGUGUUUGUGUCCCGUCCCGGGAGUUCACAGUUUGCCUUGGGAGGUGAUCCGACUGGCCACAGUCUGGAGGCCUGGAGGGGCCGAGGCCAGGAGCAGCAUGAAGAGUCUGGGGAGCCAGGCCGCACCCAGUGGACAGGGCUCAGCUUGGGGACUGGAGGGCAGCUGCGACCCGGGCACUCUGGGUAGAGGGAGGGGCUCACUCUGAAACUGACGGCACUGACGGCCGGAACCCAGCCGGAACGCAGAUUGGGACUCGAACCCGGCCUAAACCCAGACUGGGACUUGAACCCACCGUUUUAAAUGAGAAUCCC